AUUUUAUGUGGAAUUAAAAAGAAUUAAUUCUACUUUUUUAAUUAAAUUACUUUCAAUAGAUAUAAAAAAAAUGCAACCAGAACAAUGUUUUUAAUUAAAACAAUUAUUAUAUUUGUGUAUUUAACUUUUACAGUUUAUGGUGAAACAUUAAUAAACAAUUGCCCACGAUUUUGUAAAUGUGAUUCAUAUCUGCAGUUAAAUAGAGCACAAUGCAGCUCCAAACGACUUAUAAGUGCCGAAGUUGAACUACCAAGUCAGGUGCAAAUAUUAGAUUUAAGUUACAAUGACAUCACAACAGUGGAUAAGAAAUGUUUUGAGAACUUUUCCCACUUAAAACAUCUCAAUCUAUCCAAUAAUGCUUUACACACCUUGGACUGGGAAGCAUUUUCCAAAUUAAGGCGUCUCACCGAAAUAGAUCUCUCUUACAAUAGACUUGAAUAUCUGGAUGAGCGUCUGUUUGCCAGAAAUAAAUAUUUGCUUAAAAUAAAUUUAGAAGGAAAUAAAUUGGAGUCCUUGCAACACAAAGCUCUCUUGAACAAUCCAUUUGUAAAUGAGUUAAAUUUGAAAAAUUCACAAUUAUUUUCACUGCAACCAGAACUAUUUGCUGGCUUGACAAAUCUAAAACGCUUGGAUUUGAGUAAAAAUUUACUAAAUAAUUUUAAUAUAGAAGACUUUCAGCAUUUAAAGAAAUUAGAACAACUAAAUUUAAAUGAAAAUAGUAUAAAAUGUGAUGCAAUGAUCAAAAAUAAAGUAAGGCAGUUGGAGGACAAAGGAAUCAAUGUCACUUUGGAUAAUUGCUUUAGUGAGAAAAGUGGAGAAUUGAAACAAAGUGCGAAAAUGUUUGAGAAAAUGGUAAUGGCCGAGCCUCUCAAGGAGCCAGAAGAAAACAUUUUUUUUAAUAACAUACAACAAUGGCGUUCGAAUAUUGAUUUAGAAGAGGAGUCCAACGAAGACGAUGAUUUAGAUUCUGAACAAGGUUUUGUUAGUGUUAGAAAAAACAAUGAAUGGCUAAGAUUUGCUCCAGAUACUAUAUUGUGUAAUAAACAAAACUUGGUUUUAUGCCAGGAAUAUCGUUCAUGUUUGCAGGACUUGAAUAAAGCCUGGCAUGAGCAGCGUAUAAUUAAGGAACAAUGUCCUUUUCAUGAUAUAAAAUUUGCCUUUUUUAUGGGCAUAGCAAUUGGUGUAUCAGCAAUAGUAUUUAUACUGGCCUGCGCUCUAUGCAUGAAAAUAUGUUUAGAAGUGAAAAAGUCAGCUCCCCCCGUUGACCAUAUCGACGACUUAACCACACAUCCCUUGGCUCGACCCACUUCUCAGCUACCCCCUCAAGUGAGAAGACAACCACGCAGACGUGCCGCUCCUCCACCACGUUCCAUGGUACGCUACGAAGGACCAGUAGGCGAAAAUUUCCUAUCACGCUUGUUCGGCCGUCCAGCCCGCCAUCAAUAUUAUCGCACCAUCAAUCAAAAUACCGCCACUUUGAUUAGACGUUUAAGCCGCAGUAAUUUAUUUAACAAUCGUUUAAGUCAACAUUUCCUGGAUCGUGAAACAUCUGGAGAAGCCGGUAGUCCAGAGAUACAAGAUUUUGGUCCUUCCGCACCCAGACCGGAAACACCACCACCUUCGUAUGGUGAUGUUGUGAUAAAUAAUUGUAGUGAUGCUAAAUGAAUGUAGUUUGAAUUAUAUAUUGAAUUGAAUAUUUAUUAAUCUAGUAUGUAGACAAAUAUAUUAAAAUUAUUGACAAUAAUUAUUAAAAAA